GCUCUCGAGAGGGCAAAGGAGCGAGGACUGGUCAAGGAUGUCACUUAUCCUGGUCUACGCACGCACCCACGCUUCAACACUGCUUGGAAGUCCAACCUAUCCCCCCAGGCACGCGUCUGGAUAGAUAGUCUACGAGGAAGCACCGUUCCUGGAUUAGGACUGGAAGGUGCCGGCCGGGGCUAUGAUCCGGAGAUUGACGGUAUUCCAUUUGGCGGUAUGAUUAGCUUCCGCAUCAGCGGUGGCGAGGCCGAGACCAACCGAUUCCUCUCCAAGCUUCACCUCUUCACCCUCGCAGAGAGUUUGGGUGGUGUCGAAAGUCUGGUCGAAGUCCCAGAGAAGAUGACCCACGGCGCCAUUCCCCCUGCCGAGCGUGCCAUCUUGGGUAUCGGUCCCGAUCUCAUCCGUAUCUCUGUUGGUAUCGAAGAUCCCGAGGACUUGGUUCGAGAUAUAGAAAAUGCGCUAGAGGGUUCGGUGCCGACUGUUCUUGUUCAAGUCAAACAGACCAGCGCACCUCUCUCUGAGGUUUCGGACGAAUCACCGCUCGCGACGAGGCCACAGUCGGCAGCUCCCAGCGAGAACGGGGACGUAGUGAAAUCAUUCGCAUAA